CUCUUUAUUGUUUUCUCUUUAAAGUCUUAUACCUUAACGGAUAUAUAUAUAUAUCUUACAAAAAAUUAUAAUUAUUAUGCUGAGAACAAGUGCAGCUAGCUUUAUUACGCGUCGAGCAUUUCACGUAUCCAGUGUACGUGCCAUCAAAGAAGGUGACAAGCUUCCUUCGCUAGAGGUUGCCCGCAAGUCGCCCGGAGACACUGUCGACAUCCACAAGUUGUUUUCUGACAAACCCAAGGCUAUCCUCUUUGGUGUUCCUGGUGCCUUCACUCCCGGAUGUUCAAAGACCCACUUACCUGGCUUCAUCAAGCUUGCUGACGAGCUGAAGAAAAAGGGAAUUGAUUACGUUGCCUGUGUUUCUGUCAAUGAUCCGUUUGUCAUGACUGCCUGGGGAGAGUCGCAGAACAACAACAAUGGCGAGGUCGAACUCCUGGCCGAUCCUACCGGCGCACUCGCAAAGGCCAUGGAUCUCAACUUUGAUGCCUCUGCUGCACUCGGAGGUCACAGAUUCAAGCGGUUUGCGGCUGUGGUCGAGCACGGCAAGGUCAAGAAGCUGUUUGUUGAACCCGACAAGACUGGAUUGAAUGUCAGCUUGGCUGAGAAUGUAGUAAAGACGCUUUAGAAAGUUAGUUUGAAGACGUUGGUGUAUAUGUGUAUAUUGAGACUAUAGGGUAAAUGACGUACUUCCGAUAUAUAAAUAUAUACUACUUUUGAAUAAGAUACACUUCCAAUCGUUUAUAUAUAUAUACGGUGCUUAUUCACAUUUUGACCAGAAUUAUAUAUAGUGCAAACAUGUAAUACACACACAUAUUAUCACAUU